AUGACGCCUUCUCCACCAAAAGCACGUCGAGCAAGUCAAGGGCGUCGCUUAAGUAUCAGUCCGGAACUGUCCCCAAGGACCAAACCAGGAAGUGAGACUGAGUUCGACCUCGAUCCACUAUCUUUUGAGGCCGAUUCUCCUGAAGGGGAUAUUAAUCGCACUUAUGCCGAUAUGAACUUGUUGGUAGAAACGAUCGAGGACCACAUUGCAGUCCUUCAUUCGGAAAUGGGACAUCGUGCUAGGGAUAAUGAAAGUCCAGAGAACAGACGAAUCGAAGCACAUCUUGAGUCGCAAAAAUAUCCUACGCCGAAGGGUUCCAUCAGUUCAAAAAGUAGUGGCAGUAGUGGUGCUUCCAGAAGGCGUUCCGCUACGAGUUUAAAUACUAAACGCACUCAUCUUUGGGCAGCUCAAGUCUGAAAUACUGAUUUUGCGGAGCUCAUGAAGAAAGACCAGCAUUUCCAUGAGUUGAUGGAUGAUAUGAAUGGUAUCUCGGAGUGGUGGGGAAAUAAUAGGAUAGAAUGGCUUGGGAGAAAGACGGAGACUGUCUCGCUCGAAAGGGCCUUGGAUGUUCUGGCUGUGCAGAUCAAGACUCUGAAAUCAGAACUCAGCAAACAAAGGCUCACUGAAUCCAAAAGGCGGGCGAAGAUCGGAGAGGAGAGCAGACUCAAUAAGCAAUAUAAUUAUCAAAGACAGCAACUAGCUAAUCAAAUUGAGUGGUUCGCUAAGCAAAGCAAGCUCAUGAAAGCGGUCAAGGCGAGGUUUCGAGUAUUGGAGCUGGACGCUCUCCCAUCUCAAUUGAGGUAAGCAUUUGUACAAUUUAGGAAGAACCCGCCGAUGUGGAACUAAAUUUUCCCUAAGUUCCAGAAGACAAUCAAGUAAUCCCUUUCCAACCCCAUUCAGCUAUACAUGGGAACAACUUCGAGACGACAACCUGUACUCAGGAAAUUACAUCCCAUCAUGGUGGAGGGAAGGUGGACCGGACUGGUGGCUCACAAACGCAAUUCAGGACCUCGAGAUCCGCCAAACAGAGAUUGAAAAUAAGAUUGAGGGGUAUAAUCAACAGUUUAAGGACUGUAGCAACUUGGUUGCAACCAAGAUUGCCAAUAUCAGUCGAAUUGAAGAGGAGGCAGAACAGUGGGAAAGACCAGUGACUAAGCGACUGGCGGAGAUUUUCGGAAUUGGGCAUAGAGCCAACGCAGCCGAGAAGAGGGAGCGAGAGGAUUUGACUAGACAACAGGUCGAGCACAAUAAAAAGGUCAAGGAAAGUCUGCAGAACGAGAAUGAUAUAUUGCAUGCUCUCUAUGAGAAGAAAAGAUGUAUCAAGGACAGCGUAGCUGAUUUGCAGCGGCAAUUGGAAAGAUACCGGGCUAUUUGGCAACUCACAAAUGAUGAAGCUAAGCAUUCAUCGAGUUUCUUGAAGCGCAGGAGCAAGGAUGGGAGGCGUCUGAGUGCUCAGUUCCUGAUUGAUUCGCAGUAUGUGCAUGAUAUCUGUGUAGGUUCCCAUUCUGUCCUCUUUAAGAGCACUGAAACUAAUGCUACAAAGUGCGUUCAACAUUUUCGCCACGAGUUGAUCAGUCGCAUUGAAGAAGUAAUUCACCAUGAAGAUUUUCCCUACAAAAAGAAGCUAGAAACCAUAGACCAAAUAUCACAACACCAUAAAUACUACUACCACUACCACCAAGACCUCCUCAACCUCGUAGCCUCUGACUUCGACUCACCCGCUGCGCGCAGUCACGAGCUUGAGAUUUCAUUAUCCUCUCUGAUCAACGAAUGGAAUGGAUUGGAGGAUAUCUUCAAGAAGGCAGAAAAAGUCUUAUCCAAAGCAAGAAAGCCUUCUAGCUUUCCUACCGCAAACUUUUGGCCGCCUCAAUAUGAGAGUCAAGAGUCAGGAAUAAUGCUGUACGAAGGUUUGGACAUUUCUGGUGCCUUGGGUCUUCUCGAUCAACCUGAUAGUCGUGGAUUGGUGCCUCAAAGGUCGUUGCUAAAUACCAUCCAUGAUUUCUUCGUAUCUCCAGAUAUUGCACCAAAGUUUAUCAACAUCUCAAAGAUUUCAUUCUCAAAGAUCUGCGACUUUGUGGGAAACUUGACUGAGGAUGACUUCCAGUUUCAACCAUUGGAGCUGCAGUCAUUUCUUCUAUUCUGCAAUGAAUGUGGGGAGCUUUUUACCCUCAAGGGUGAUAUUAUUAGUGCCAUAGAGCCGGGUUGGGAGUCACUAGAUGAAACCCUAAUCUCUGCUCUGCCGAGAAAGAAGACUUUCGUUGCACCACGAGGAAACGAUGAAUUUGAAAGCUUCUUGUUGAGAAAUGAGGACAGGAUCUUUCCAAAGAAGGAGUUCGAGAACUUGGAUACUCCACGAGAUAUCGACGAAGAUAAAUUAGUUCGCAGGAUAUUGAGAUAUUGUCCUUUUCCUGUGGGUACUGAAGAUGUUCAGAACUUCUUGGCGUAUUACAGUCACACAGGAAAAUAUUUCCGAUAGUAAGUCUUGAAUGUAGCUCAAACUCCUAAACCAAAGUAAUAUCAGUAAUAGUCUCAACAACGAAGUAGCGAGCAACUCCUCUCCUAUCCUGCAUAAAAUUGACUCGGGUUGGGAUGACUCUUUGGAUCAAUCCCAACUCGAAUACCGGCAAUUAUGGAAUGAUUGGACAGCUCUUCCUCAAUUCGUAGACGACAUCUACAAGAUCAUAACCUCCUCAAAAGUCUCCGGAUAUCCAAGAGGUGCUCAGAAUCAAGGCUACGAAUUGAGUACCGAGGAAGAACUUUACGAGUUUGUGGAGGAGGAUUUGCACAUACAGUCAGGAGGUGGGUGGUUUGGGUUCAACAAGAAGAAUAAGGUGUCAAAAUAUCGGUUUUUUCAUCUUUUCUUGAGAUGGUGCCAUGAUUAUGAGCAGUUAUUCCAGCUGGAGAGACCUGGCAAGGUGAAGACAAUAAAGAAUGGGUGGAGGUUGGCCUAG